AUGCUUUUAUUGCACGAUUGCUGGUGGAUGACUGUGGAUGACUCAUUUUCCGGUGGGCAGUGGCAACGCCGUCGAAGGACUUCAGACUUCGGCAGUAGCGUGGUUGAAAGCUUGUCAUGCCACAGGUGUAGCACGGCAGGUCAUCUCAGCUCAAUCCAAUCUGAGGAGAAUACCUCCUGGGGGUCCUUCAUGGGAGAGGAGGUGAUCUCCUUUCAACCCUUCUACGACCUGCGAACUCGUGUGAUCAGCCUCACCUCAGUGGUGCGCGAUUUCUUCGCGAAGCUCCAGGAAGCCUUGCAGACGGAGCAGUUCACUCCGACCUAG